CGAGCCCAACCGACUAAAAAACACCAUUGUAGCAUAUUGCGGUUCGCCGGGAGGCCCGGGAAUGGGUAGACUAUUUUGCGUUCUAAGAAUGUUUUUAUUGCUCUUCAUGUCGUCGUUCCCUGAUAAUGACGAUUGUUCCGAGUCCACCGAACGUGCGCUUCGAUUAUUAUUAUAACGACCAAUAAUUACACCGACGUCCAAUUACGCGUAGAUUGCCUCACAGUGCUAUGGAAUAUUAAUAUCCUCUUUAUCUAAUAAUAAUAACAUAUUAUUAUUGUAAUAUUAUUUAUCUGUGAUAAAAAUCUGGCCGCAGCUGAUUUCUCAAUAAAUUUUGAAUGUACCAAAUAGUUGAUAGUAAUAUUUGUUACUUGAGUAGUGCUGUAGUGGGUCCUACGCCUACCUACCUACCGGGGAGACGUUGCGAAACCAUGGACAAGACUCAAAAUAGUAAGUUGAACUUCCGUCAUUGAACAAUCUGUCGAAUCGGAAACCCCGCUUCGAAUGACACAACAGCCUGACAGGUGUCGGCUGGACGACAAGAGCACGAGUAAGAUUUAUUGAUGUUCAAUGACCAACGUCUACAGCAUGGACGAUGAAGCAGAUCUUGGAGAGUCGUUGACUUCAAACCAAGAUUGUUCGCCAAACAGCUCAUCCAGUUUGUCCAAAUCUGAUGUGAUGUCUGGGAAUCAAAUGAUUGAUAAUUGGUUAGGUCUAAGUGUACAUUGCACAACUUCUAUUGAAGAUUUUUGUGAUGGAGAUUUGGAACCACCUGACACAGAUCCAUCACCAUCAACAUCUGGACUGUCAUAUGAUUUAACAGCAUUUCCAAAAACAACAUCAGCAAUGACUAUGUUUUAUCCACACUUAAAUGGUUAUGACAUUCAUCCAUUGCUUUUGAACCAAAGGAGACGGAAUCAAAUGGAAUCGUCAUUUAUAGAUCCAUUGAAUUUACCGCCACAUCCUCUUAUGCCAGAUGUUCCACGUCAAAUGAUUAAUAAAAAUAAGGUACGUCCAAAAGUAUCUCAUAGACGAUCAGAUUUUACAAAUACCCAGUCAUCAAAUUUUGAACAACCUUUAAUUGUUGAUACAGAAAAAUAUCAUCGCAAGUCGUUCUAUUGUGUGGCAUGUAGUAAAACGUUUAAAUUCCAAACAUCGUUGUUGCGACACAAUAACAAAGUGCACAUUAGUAAGUACCAGUGUCAAUCAUGCCAUCGUGUAUUUUCAAGGCAGGCAUAUCUUGACGUGCACACAUCUAAACAGGGAAGUUCAUGUUACCUGGGUAAUGGAUAUGCCAUUGCAAAGUCAAAAAAAUAAUUGUUUUCUUUGAGGAAAAAGUUAUAAAGUUUAACCAAAAAUAAUAUAAUACUUAUAUAUAUAUAUUUUACAUAAUAUACAAUAGGUACUUAUAGGGUAGAGUAAGUUCAAAUCUUCACUUGUGAAGUGUGCCACAGAAAUAAAUGAAAUAUUUCUUAUGAGCACUGUUUAUUAUUUGUUAUAUUUAUUGUUUAUAGUUUAUAUUUAUUUAAAAAUUACAUAAUAAUCACGAAACAUUUAUUCUAGUCAGAGAACAGCCCAUUCUAGUCUGUUCAGUAGUUCAUCCAUGCUAGCAUUAAAACAUUUGUAACCAUUUGUUAUUACUCUGGUAAUGAUUGUAUGUCAAGAAAAAUAAUAUUUAGUCUAAUAAUUAUAACUUAAAACAAAGUGCAUGUUUCAGUCACUUAACAUAUUUAUAUAUUAUAUAAAAAUAUAAAAUAUUUAUAAUUCAUUAAAUUGUGCUCUGUACGGAAAUUUCAAACAUAUUGUAUUGCAAUAUUUGUAAGAUUCUAACUAUACUAUAGGGAAGUUUAGACUGAAUAUUUUUGAAUUUACAAAAAAAAAACAAAAAUUAUCCACCUGUGUAGUGUGGUAAUAUAUUUAUUAAUUAUUUUGCACUACAUACCUUACUUUUAUAUGUAUAAAAAUGGUAAUAAACCAAAAUUGAUAAAUCAUUCAUUCCUUCAUACCAAAAUAAGCCAUUAUUGAUACCAAAAAAACAUUCAUAG